GGAUGGGUCCCACCCCCCCCCCCAACCCCUCCCUGCCUCCCAGCAGGGAGGGAAAGCCAGGCAAGGUCUGGCCGGAGGAUCUGCUUUGAUCCUCCUAUCACCAUGCCGGCCCACAUGUUAGAGUAGUGUGUGUGUUGGAGGAGGGGCGUGUGCAUGCUGCUGGGCAGGACUGAGCAGGGUUUAAAAGGCCCGGCGCAGCUGCACUCGGUCUCUUCUUCUUGUGUGCAUCGCCCCGAGAACAUCACCCCCCUGGACAACGAGCAUUUAAACCUGGCUGAGUAUAUCUACUAUCCUACUAUCCCACCAACGAAUCCCAUUAACCCCUACUGCUAUCCCACCAACGAAUCCCAUCCAUUCAAACCCCUGCUAUCCCACCAACGAUCCCACUAACUCCCAUUCCCAUAACCCCUACUCCAUUAACCCCUACUGAUCAAACCCCUGCUAUCCCACCAACGCCCAUCAAACCCCUACUCCAUUCAAACCCCUAUUAUCCCACCAACGAUCCCUAUCCCCUGUACCCCAACUCCCUUUUGUUGGUUCAGGGAAAGUUUAGCACCAGGAAGGGCGGGCAAUUAUAUCGUGUGUGAUUGUGUAUGUGUAGUUAGAUUGUGGGUGAAUUUUGGGGAUUGUUAGUGUAAAUGAGGAUUGUUUCAUUUAGUUGUUUUAUGUUGUGUAAUUGGUAUAUCUGUAUUAGAGGUAGUUACUGUUUUUAUGUCGUAUUAAAUAUAUUGUGUUAUUGGUAACUUCUGUGGUGUGUUUGUUAUUAUGGUAAGUAGAGUAGUAAUCGCACGCAGAUAGUUAGUACAGUACAGUAUAUAGCAUACAUAGUGAAAGGCCAAUUAAGAGUAGUUCUUUAAGGAAUAAAUAGGCAGAGUUAAGUAUCGAACAUCUGCAUAAACAUCGAUAACGGAUACACCCCCUUAACAUUGGCGAGCCAGCGGCCCCUGCAUAUAGCGUUAUUUCUGCGUUCGGUUUUGAGGCUAGGGAUCGGUUAUACUGUGAUUAUCAGGCGGUAGAGACAAGGUUGAAUGUCUGCCCUGAUAAUUCGGACAGGUAACGCGAGUUAUAGUGUAGUACCAAACGUAAAUCACGCUUAAGCAGAGAAUCUAUAAUCUAUUUGUUACUAAAAUUUUUUAUUUAUUUUUGAUUACCUUUCACGGACGCGUACGCAUUGCUGAAAGGAAAAAUCACGUCACGAGAAGAGAUCCAUCGUUAUCGGAGCAGGAUAAAAGUCUAGUCUGGUAGGGAGAAAGGCGUUCCGGAAGUUAAAGGACCUUCUACAAGCAGCAAGGACAAAGGUUAGCACCGAUUGAAUGAUGACAUCUCAACCAAAAAACAGACAAGGGAGACUCUCCAUGGGACAUAAUUGCAAGGAUAGGUAUCUUCCGAACGGAAUACGUCUGCAGCUUGUGAUACUGGUGGUAAGCAUGUUGGUGGCAGGCUCGGCCUAUUCAGGGAAGGGUCUGGAAGCAAUUCAUGGUAUGACUAACAUACCACUUAAUGAACCCAGUCUUUUAAUGGUGGAGUGUUUGGGUGGCAAGAUCCUGAAACCAUACGAGAACUCUACUUUUACACCAGGGCAGUGGUAUCUGUAUGGUUUCCAGAGAGAGGGUUUUGACAGAGGUGUAAUCCAACAUUAUACCCCUGUGGAGAAUGUGUCUGCCAUACAACAUGACUUACAUGCCCUCUGCCUCAAGGAGUUUAGACAUUUUCAGGAUUCAGAACCAAUACCUAUUAAAUCUUUUAGAUGGGUAUCUAGAGACCCGCACUUACACCCUUAUAAGAAGGUGGAAGUCAAUAAUACAACGGUGUUGUGUACCAAAGAAGGAGUUCUGAGUCCUGAAGAUGUCACUGGGGCAGAAUAUAGCGGUUGGUUUAUCCUUCAGGCUACCUUCACAAAGAGGGAUAGCCAUGAUGGGUUAAGGGUAAAGACAUAUUUUGAUAGACCCAUUCCAGUAAAAGGUACCCUUAAAGCUUAUUGCAUGUUGAGGGAUUCCCAGAUGAUUAUCGCUAGGGAAUCCAGUUACGUUCAUGGUCAUGUGUCCACAGACUAUUUGCGAACCAGUGUAAUGAUGUUAAAGUUAAACUGCAGCAACUCUGGUCAGGUCCUAUGGAAUGACCAGACCAGUCCGGGAGAGAUGGAAGGUCUAUACAGGGCGACAGUUUUACAGGUACGGACCGAUGCCAAGGACCCGAGGUAUACUCAGUUAAAGGGAUCCCCAUCCAUACGGUCCUUCAUGAUUACAAUCAUGAGGGACAACUGUGUGCAAGAGGUGGCAGGGUACUAUUUUGUCACCUAUGCUCAUUGGGAUCAGGAUACACAAAUGGUAAUGUCAGACACCAAUCCCUGGCGUUGGGAUCUGGUGUGUAACGGGGUAGAUACCCCUACAGUAAAUAUAUGGAUGGAUGGUACCCCUAUGACUGAGGAAUACCGGAAUAGGUACGUGUCUUCUGAUUGGAAAGACCCCAGUGGCAGGGAUAUUAACUUUGACAUCAAUAUAGAUGGUCCGUUCAAAUGGCCUUUUUGUGAGACUGUAGAUGAAGGGUGCUGGACUUUUACACAGUGGGCCUAUCUGUCCAAAUCCAAACCUAUAGGAAAACUAGUGUUGCAGACUGGAGAAAGUGAACAAUGGUAUCCAUUCGAAGGAAGGGGACAAGUAUGUGUAACCGUGGUGAGGAUCCCCUAUGAAACAGAAGGUCUUCAACCAGUUAAACCGCAUUCAGACUCUUGCAACGCCCCUAUCCAUCAAUUGGCCGAUCCAGUAGCCCCUCAACUGUCAUCCCCAUGGAAAAUCAUCACAGGGGCAAAGUUCAUUCUUUUCACCUGGAGGAUUUCCAUGGAGGAUUUCAGAGUGGAUCAUUGGGAUCACAGAUGUGGGGAGUUUAUUCAGAACCAAAUUGAUAUGAUGAAAGGAUGGAUAGAGGCGGGGCAAGAGGUUAGGAAAGACGACCCUCGACGCAGGAAAUUCCGGAGGAAGAGAGAUUUGGUAUCCAUGGGACUUGGUGGGGGUGCCCUGGGAGUGGGAGUCCUGAACACUAUGGAUAUGGAAGUCCUGAGGAGUAAGCUUGGGAAUGUUGCGCGACAUGCCGGAGAAGGAUUCAAUACUCAGUUGGAUGUAAACCAGGUCCUUGAAGGUUUGCAGCACUCACAUAUAGAUGCCACUACCUCUCUAUCUUCUGCUCUGCGAGAAAAGUUUAGACGGCUCGUCAUGGGGCUUUUGGAGGUACAGGAUAGAGUACAGCUGGCUCUGGCAUGUACGCAGGUCCAAGGUGAGCUCUCGGAUAACCUUAAACACAUUGUAUCAUCUUUGCACGGAGGCCACUUCCCAUUCAACCUCCGCCAACGGGUAAGUCCAUUUAUUUCCCAAUUUGCACUCAAUCACACGAAUUGGUGGGUGGUCCAAUGGCACGGGUGUCGGAACCUCACUUGUACCGCCUCGUCAUUGGCACCUGUAUCUGGUCAGUUAUUACAGGGAUACAGUGCCGUCAACCUAGGGGUGGUUGUAGGUAAUAAAACAGUGUUUCAUCCUCAGCUCCCCUCGGAAGUCCUCACUUAUGAGAGAGGUCAUCCCUAUCUAGUUAAUGUGGAGGGAUGCUGGAGGAAAGAGGAAUGCGAUCCUCUGUCAGGGUAAUCAGGAUCGGGUGCUUCGACACCAGUGUUGGAACUCCGAGGGUUCCUGUGAGAUGAAGACUAACCCAAUGCCGUCCUCUCAUUUGGUAUACUUAGGGCAGGGAUAUUGGUGUUGGUACCAAGGGAACAAUGCAACCUUUAUCAUUUAUGGAACUAACUGUACUGCGAGGGGAGAACUUCCUCCCGCUGUGUAUUGUACUCUUAGUCCCGUUUUAGGAUUAGAUGUCGCAGAGCAACAAGGAAGAACACCGAUCACCCCCGAAAAGAGGCUUGACAUCCGCCCGGACGUUCCUGUGAGACUCCAAAAGAUUCCUCUGGGUUUCGGCAAAGAACUUAAAAAUCUCCUUCUGAAUUUUAAUCGAGAGGAAGAAAUACUUCAGAAACUCCAUGAGUCCGAGAAGCAGGCCACCAUCCAACUUGUCCACGACCAGAACAAGAUAAAAGCAAUUGCCACUUCCUUAGAUAAAGACGCCAAGGUUUCCUGGUGGGAAAGUUUGUUUGGUUACAGCCCAAAGGCAACCUCCUUCUUCAAUCUAUUGAUCCAUCCUGUGAUAAUCCUUCUGGUUCUGGUCUUCAUUAUGUACAUGGGAUUGUGGCUGAUAUAUCGGAGAGUCAAGAGACUUGCAGAAAAAUUAAAUCGGAAUCAGACAGAAUUCCACGAAGCCACCCGUAGGAGACUCAGGGCGCAGCCUUGACAGAGUACUUAAAUUAACAAGUUUAUAAAGUUCUUGAUUUAUCGAGAGACUCCAAGCAAAGCUACCCUAAAUUCCCAAUUCUUGGAAAUGUAUAUAUAUUUCUCUAUGAGGUUUCUGGAUGCAGAUCUUUUGUUAUCCUGAAGCCCCAUGGUAUGGUGUUUAUAUAUUAUUGUUUUUUUUGAGAGGGGUGGGUGUUGGGUGUGUAAUUAUGGGAUUGUGAGUGUGAAUGGGGACUAGAACAGGAUUUAUUAGGGACAGGUCCCCUCCUAAACCAAGUGUAUUUGCCAAUCUCGCCCCAGGAGCAGUCAAGUUGAACUGAAUGUCAGAUAAGUGCGGUGUUCUUUCCCGCAGUUAGAAUUUAGGUACCCUGGUAUCACCUCUGACUCCAAGUCUGAUCUGCCUUGUAAAGACCUAUCUAUCCGUCCAUGGGAGAACCCCCUCUGCAAUCAAGAUAAAGAGAAACAUGUCUGAUGGGAGUCUUGCCUACAAAAGUCCGGUUCUAACAGAGAACAGAAAGGCCAGUGUGAGAGACUACUUCAGGUUCAUUGGGGGUGGCCGACUCCUGAAGAUUGUAAAAAAAAAUAAAAAAAAAAACCCCA